UAUGUUACGUACUCAUCCCUGGUGCUUAUCCGGCACCUGUCAAAUCAAAGAAAAAUGAAAACAUUGUUUGAUAUUAACGUACAGUUUUGACACUCGGCUAUGUCAAAAGUCAUUUAAGAAGAAUAUUAAUGUUAAAAUGAGCGCAAUGUACUUGUCUGGAAGAAAGUACAAAGUGAUUAGUAGUUGGGGAAUUUUUGCAUUAAUUAUACAUUUAAUUCUUUUAUGGGGUGUCUUGGAUAUCAAUUUUCAUUCUCCAAUAAUACAAAAUUUGUCAAGAAUAUCAGUUACCGAAAAUGGACCAGCGAAAAGAAUUUUAAUUUUUGUAGCUGACGGUCUACGGUUUCGUACAUUUUGGGAUAAUCGUCCACCUUAUUUAAGUGAUAUAAUUAGGUCAAAUGGAGUUUCUGGAAUUUCUCACACUAGAAUGCCUACAGAAUCUCGACCUGGAAAUAUAGCAAUUGUAGCAGGUCUUUAUGAAGAUCCGAGCGCUCUUUUUAAGGGUUGGAAGGAAAACCCUGUAGAUUUUGAUUCCGUUUUUAAUCAAAGUUAUCUCACAUGGGGAUGGGGCAGUCCAGAUAUUAUAUCUCUAUUUUCAAAAGGCAACAGUGAAAAUUUUAUUGGAAAAAGUUAUUCUGCCAGUUGGCAAGAUUUUGAUCCCUCAUCGUCAACCAUCAGACUGGAUUCUUGGGUAUUUGAACAGUUUCUUCAAUGGUUAGAUCAUGAUGCACUUACUGUUAAAGAAAAAGAUAAAAUUAUAAUUUUCCUUCAUCUUUUGGGAUGCGAUACUGCCGGUCACAGUAGUAAGCCGCACUCUAGUGCUUAUAUUGAUAAUAUAAAAUAUGUGGAUAAAAGAAUACAAGAAAUUGUUCAUAAAACUGAACACUAUUUUGGAUCAGGAAGCACAGCCUAUUUGUUUACAUCAGAUCAUGGAAUGACUGACUGGGGAUCACAUGGAAGUGGUUCCAAGGAUGAAACAGAAACACCUUUUAUUGUUUGGGGUGCUGGAGUUGCUAACAAUUCUACUCGUCAAGAAAUUGAACAAGCAGAUUUAACUCCUUUAAUUUCAUCUCUUUUAGGAAUAUCAGUUCCUGUUAAUAAUGAGGGAAUUUUAAAACUGCAGCUCCUCUCUUCUAAAAACAAAGAAUAUGGAGUUCGUGCGCUGCUUGGAAAUAUAAAACAAUUAGCAUUGCAAGUAGAGGCAAAUCGUGAACUUAGUCUUGGUACAACUAAAAUUAGAACAAAUUGGAGGGAGAAACAACUUAAUGAAAAUAUUCGGAAGAUUGAAACUUUACUAAGCGAGGGAAAAAUUGAAGAAAGCAUUGUUGAAGGAGAAAAAACUGUAUUAUUAGCAAAAGAGUCUUUAAAUUAUUUUCGCCAGUAUCAGAGAAAUCGACUUAUCAUCUAUUUAACUUUAAUGUGGCUUGGGUGGAUUACUUUGUUGUUUUUAAAAAUUACUGCAAAGUCCAAACAAAAUCAUCAAUCAUUUAAAUUAUAUGUAUUGAAAUUGUCUUUCGGUUUUGCACUUUUUCUAUUACUUGCUGAGUAUAUAGUAUUUGGAUAUAAAGAUCAACGUAUAUUAGGAUACGGAAUAUUAUCAAUUGUUUCUAUAUGGUUAGCAAUUUGGCAAUUCAUUAGUACAUCAACCUUUUUGAGAAUAAGGAGUACAAAAUUUCUUUCUUUUGGCGUAAUAAUGAUUGCAGUACUAAUUUUAAUUAUGUUUGCUGGAUUAACAUAUAGAAUUUUUUUUACAUUUGCCAUGUUUUAUACUACUUUAUUGCACAAAAUAUUAUUGAAAGGAGGAAAUUUAUGGUUUUUUAUGACUGGAUUAAUUUUAGCCGUAUUUCCAUCUUUGCCAGUUGUUGAAUCUGAACCACGAAUUAUUGUUGUAUUAAUGACCUUAUGUUUACUUGGUCUAAUAUCUUUUAAAAGAAAAACAUCAGGGAAAAUAAAAUGUUUGGAAAUUAUGCGACUUUUACUAACUGGAUUAGUAUAUAUUGAAUUCUUAGAUGGUCGGUCUUGGAUAUCAUGGCUAAUUUUAUUUAGUACUCCUAUAUGUAUUUGGAUAUAUCCUCCAGAAUUUAAUGAAAUGAUUAUGGGAGUUACUGUACAUUUAUCUUGUCCUCUUGUUUUACUUUCUACAUCAUAUGAACCUUUAUUCUUUUUGGUUCUUGCAUUUCACUUUCGUUGUUGGCCAGUCGAAUGGGAACAAACAGAUUUAAAAGAUAAUACAACACAUAUAGCUAUGCAAGAUUUGGUUAACGCUGUUUCAUUGAUGUUGUACACAUUGCUGUGCUUUUUCGGUACAGGAAAUAUGGCAAGCAUUAGUUCUUUUGAUCCAAGAUGGACAAGACAUUUUGUUACUGUAUUUUCACCAUUUACAAUGUUUACGCUUAUUUUAUUGAAAAUAAUGAUACCAUUGAUAUUAGUUGGCUGUGCAAGUCGUGCAUUUGCAUCAUCUACAGUAUUUGCAGGAGUGCUUCUUCUUGGCAAUUGUCUAACUUUGCCACUUAUAUAUGGAGUCACAAAUCAAGGAAGUUGGUUGGAUAUUGGCAGUGCCAUUAGUAGAUUUAUAAUAGCUCUCACUUUACCAUGUUCUGUAUUCAUUUUGUAUUACUUGUCUUAUGUUUUUAUAUCCUUACGUUUAUCAGACACUUUAAAAAGUGCCUUCAAAAAGGCCUCACAGAGUGUUUAAAAAAUUUUUAAUUUGAAAAAUAAUUAAUUACAAUCAAAGAAAUAUUUUGUUCAUACGAGACUGUUACUGCGAUGUAGUAUUAAAAUAUUUCUAAUGAUCUCUGUAAAUAAAUCAUUGAUUAUAAAAUUAAGACAAAUGUCCCUCUGUAUAUAAUUCAAGUAAUACGGUGUGUUUUCGACUUCAUGCUACGAGCACAAAGAGGUUUCAAAAUGUAUACUUAUUUUAAUAUUAAAGUAUUUUUUGAAACAGGAAUUAUAUUUAUUAUUAAAAAAAUAUAUAUGAAUUUACACCACACGAGACCGGGUUGAAGGCUGCGUGGGUUUAAGAGAAUUAAUUUUAUUAAAACUUUGUCAAGCGCCAGUCGGUAUUUGAAAGCUCAAUCGACGACUUCACUUAUGGGUAAUCUUAAAUACGUCGAUUGAUUUCAAAGCGUACUCCCAAAUCAAUAACUUUCUGAUCUUAUUAGGCAGAUUUGAUUUGUCGUCAAAUUCGGCGUUUCAGUUUGUAUCGUAGCCUACGGCUCCGCAGAUACUACAAAAGCCUGGAAGAUAAGACAAAUAGCACUCUCUGAAUUGGCAAUUUAUGCAUCCUGGUAUCGUCUGCUUGGCGACCUGCGUGACAUUAGUUUGGGUUGAAUGAUCAACCAUUUUUUACUCUCUUUUAGCUACCAAAAAAUUAGCUCUCUUAAGAAUCAAGUCGCGUAGAAGCUCCUGGCUGAUGAUUCUAUUGUCGACAAAAUAUAAAUGUUGCUGAGCACCCUCCGGAUUUAACAAUUCAAGCAUUGAAAGAGAUGUUCUCGUUGACUUAGAUAUCUGCAUAGGAUGAUCAUUGUUGACGAUUCUUCUCCUCUUCAAAAUUCUUAGUCUGAAUUUGUCCUGAUGUAACCCUUUCAAUCUUUUUCAAUUUUAGUUGUGUGGGCUUCCAAUUACGCAACUCUGACAAAAUUGAAUCGUGGUAUUCUGAAAUACCUUCAUCAUAUCUUCCAGAUGACGGUAACAUGCUGCAAACAGUUGACGCCACUGAUUUUGUGUCAUCGAAGUCAUAAAGAAAUUCCUCAAUUGCUUACGAAGAAGUUCGAGGAGGUAAAGCUCUUCAGAAUUUCUCUUGUUCGAAAGCAGUUUCUAACUCACGCCUUUGAGUUUCGAAACCUUUCUGUAAAGAUGUCAUUGCUUGCUCCUUUGCCAGAUUUAUCAAUUAAUUCAAUCGUUGUCGAACCAAGGACCUUACCAACGAAAGCAGGACAUAGAUAUUUAUAAGCUAACUUUGCUUAAUAAUUUUGGAACUUGUUACUUAACUUUUUAUUUGGGUAGUAAACCACCAUUCCUUUUUUCAACUCAA